AUUAAUUUUGGGAUCCAUUGCGGAGGCGCAUUGAGUCGGUCUCUCUUCCCGGCGGAAUUAGAAAUGGCGGCCGUGCGAGCUUGUCAGCUCUUGAGAUGUAGAUUAGGAAGUAGCCUCUUCCAGGCUUCAAAGACAUUAAAGUAUUCGGGUAAUGUAAGGUGGUCAUGCUGUUCCAGUCUGGUCAAGACAUGCAGUAGAAGAAUAUCAACAUCAUCACUUAUUCUUGCUAGUGAUCACACAGAAGAGGAAGUUAAAGAACCAUCAACAUGGUUUUCAAAUCUUCUUGGUUACACUGAAGAUGAGAGUCAAAAACAGGUGAUAGAUCCUGAAGAAGUGAAAGAAAGAGAAGCUCUUUUUGGAGAGAUUGCUGAUAUGUAUUUUGCAAAACCAAGGCAGUAUCCAGACAUAAAAUUUAUUGAAAAAGUAGUCGAUUUUCUCAUAAAACACAAUGAUGACCAUGGAGUCAAAACUGUUUGGGUUAUUAUGCAAGACAUGAAAUUAGAACCCCCAGAAGAACUGAUUGUUAAAAUGGAAAGCUUUUUAGCCAAAGCUAGAGAAGAAGCUUGGUUCAAGUAAGAUCCACAUCAAGGAAACAGGAGAGAGACAAAUUCUGUGCUAGUCAAAAUCAUCCAGUCAAAUGCAUUGUUUAUCUGAAAUUCAUUUGGUAACUAAAUUUCCUCAUUGUGUGUGUAAGAUUGCUUAGGACCCUGUCACAAAUUGUAUGUUCAUAGCUUAUGUUAAUUCCAGUGAAUUUAUUCCAAAAAUAAUUUUCA